AUGGCAGCCACCAGCCAUAUGCACAAUCUGACCACCCUUAUCAAGCGGCUGGAAGCCGCAACCUCCCGCCUGGAAGACAUGGCCAUGGGGUUAGACGAGCACAACGCCCAGAAAGCUCCCGAUAGCGCAGCCGCGCUAGAGCCGGAGCCCUCUAAGCAACCUACACCGACUGCACCCGCUGCCCCUGCACCUGCUCCUCUUCCGCCGCAGAUCGAAGACUUUGAUAAAUUGAUCGAAAAAGACGUCAAGCCUUUCGUUGAGUUGGGAAGGAAGAUUGGGGGACUGGUUGAAGAGCAGGCCAACGCCGUUCUACAAGCGUUCAAGGCAGAGCGCACUUACCUCUACGUUUCUACAAAGGCGAAGAAACCAGAUAUGCAGCCUCCCGAGCUUAUGGCCGAGCUCCACACAGCUUCCGAUACUAUCAACAACAUCCGCGAGUCCAACAGGGCGUCGCCCCUUUUCAACCAUCUCAGCGCUAUUGCUGAAGGCAUUGUCACUUUGGGUUGGUUCUUCGAACCGAAGCCUGCCGAUUUCGUUGGCGAUAUGCUCGGAGGCAUCCAAUACUAUGGUAACAAGGUCCUGAAGGAAUACAAAGACAAGGAUCGCACGCAUUACGACUACAUCCAAGCCUACUAUCAGAUCUUCAAAUCGCUCGCCUCUUACCUCCGGACCCAUUACCCAAAGGGCUUGACGUGGAAUGAUAAAGAUGGAAUCGAUGCGCAGGAAGCGCUUGAACAAGUGAAAGGCGGCUCUGGUUCUGGUUCCAACAACGCAGCGGCCUCUCCCCCGCCUCCUCCAGUGCCAACCCUGAAUGUCCCUGGAGGCGCACCCCCACCACCCCCCCCCCCCCCCCCCCCCCCCCCCCCCCCCCCCCCUCCUAUGAUCCCCGAUCAGAGCCCGAGCUCCUCCUCAGACAUGUCCGCUGUAUUCGCUCAGCUCAACCAAGGAGACGCCGUCACGUCAGGUCUCCGCAAGGUCGACAAGUCUGAGAUGACACACAAAAACCCAAGCCUCCGAGCUAGCUCAACCGUGCCUGGAAGCGCUGGCGCCCGUUCCAAGUCCCCUGCUCCAAGCAAGAAGCCUAAGCCGGAGAGCAUGCGCAUCCGGAAACCGCCCCGCAAGGAUCUCGAGGGCACGAAGUGGUUCGUCGAAAACUUUGAUAACCCCGGAGACGUUGUUGAGAUCCCCGCCAAACAAAACCAGUCCAUCCUCAUCUCCCGCUGUAACAAGACGAUCCUCAAGGUGUCCAGCAAGGCGAAUGCAAUCGCUAUCGAUAACUGCCAGGGUCUCUCCAUCAUCAUCGACUCACUGGUUAGCUCCCUUGACGUCGUCAAGUGCUCCAAGUUCGCCCUUCAGAUUGAUGGUGUCGCUCCCACUCUUCUGCUAGACCAGGUCGACGGUGCUACCAUCUAUCUGUCACAGCAGAGUCUAGAAACCGAGAUCUUCUCGAGCAAGUCUACAGCCGUGAAUGUCAUGCUGCCUCCAAAGGAAGGUACCGACGAGGACACUAAGGAGUGCCCUAUCCCCGAGCAGAUUAAGACCUCUAUCAAAGAUGGCGUCCUCGUCAACGAGAUUGUCGAACACGUAGGUUAG